AUGGCUGUCGGAACAGAGAACGGCACCCAAACAGCCAACGGCCAGUCCAACGGCCACUUGAACGGCAACGGGCCCGUUGAGCCUCACAUUCGCUACAUCCCUUUCGCUUACUCGAGCGAGGACUCCGAAGCCACCGCCCGCCGUCUCGUUCUCGCCAUCCGCCCCGCCUGGGAGAGCGCCGAUUCCAAGGUCGAGUUCGUGCGCUUCACCGAUGGUAUCACCAACACACUCCUCAAAGCAGUCAACAAAAAGGCCGGCCUUUCCAAGGAUGAGGUGGACAAGGAGGCCAUCUUGCUCCGCGCCUACGGCAACGGCACCGACUUGAUCAUCGACCGCCACCGCGAAACCCAGAACCACGAGCUGCUCAUGCGAUACGGCCUCGCUCCCGAACUGCUCGCCCGCUUCGAGAACGGCAUGAUGUACCGCUUCGUUCAGGGCUCCAUGACCCACCCCGAGGAUCUGCGCAAGCCCGUCAUCUACAAGGCCGUGGCCAAAAGGCUUGCCCAGUGGCACGCCGUGGUACCUUGCAUUGCUGCUCGCACCGGACACAGCCGCAGAAACUCCAAGAACACCGACUUCAUUGUACCGUCCGAAGCCCUUGGCGAUGCCGAGUUUCAGCAAAUCAUUGACAGUGUCGCGCCUGGAAAGCCCCCGCCGAACGUCUGGACUGUCAUGCAGAAGUGGAUUUUUGCCCUGCCAACAGAUACGGAAGCGCAAAGAGAGCGUCAGGCCCAGUUGCAGAAGGAGCUUACCAGGACUGUUGCCGAGCUGAGCCAGCGGCCAGGCUUGGGUACCAAUGGGCUCGUGUUUGCACACUGCGAUCUCCUCAGCGGCAACGUCAUCGUCCUUCCCAAGCCCCAGCAGACACCCGCCGACGACCGCAACGGCGUCACCGCCAAAGACACGACCAUCGACGUGACCUUCAUCGAUUACGAAUACGCGACCCCCUCACCAGCCGCCUUUGAUAUUGCCAACCACUUUGCCGAAUGGGGUGGCUUCGACUGCGAUUUCAGCGUCCUUCCCACGCGCGUCCAGCGUCGCGAGUUCAUCACCGCGUACAUCCGCGCCUACUAUGCUUACCAAGGCGAGAAGAACGGAACCACGGCCGAUUAUGACGAGGCAGCUGAGGUCGAUCGCCUACUAAACGAGGUGGACGUCUUCCGGGGCCUGCCUGGAUUUUACUGGGGCAUCUGGGCGCUGAUUCAGGCGACCAUCUCCCAAAUCGACUUUGACUAUGCCUCCUAUGCCGAGACAAGACUGGGCGAGUACUGGGCUUGGCGAGAUGAGAUCUCGGGUGAUCGCCAGCGCGCUGGAAAGGAGAUCCCGCUGAGGGAGAAGAGGUGGGCUCAGGAACAGUGA